AUGCCUCAAUACAACACCUUCGGCGACGAGUUUCCUAUCGUGCCCGAUUACGAGAUCACAGGAACGAUAGCUGCCGUCGGCGAUGAUGUGAAGGGAAAGGAUACGCAGAAUACGCUCUCCUUUGAGCACAAGCUACUGCUCGCAUUCCUGCAGGUGCUGAUGCCGUACAAACCACCCCUUUCCUAUGUGCUGGCUCAACUGUCGUUACGGCACUAUGCCUGGCCGACAUUAAAUCCGGCAAUACCGUCGCGAUCUAGGGCUUUGGUGGUCGCGCCCAUCUCGCUAUCCAAUGCAAAGGCCGACCGUAUGGGUUACCGCGUCGCGCGGGGCACGAGGAAAGAGAAAACGGCGCUCACAAGUACGCCCAUAAAAUCGUUUGAGGGCAACGUCGGAGCGGCCCUUGAGGCUUUACCUAGGUGGCACCCAAGCAGCAUUCAUGACAGCGUUGACCGCCGAGUCUUUCACACCACUAAUCUGCGGCCUCAACCUCAUGGCGCGGGAUCUCCGUACAGGCUCGGCCGGUGA